AUAAACUUAAAAUGAAAAGAAAUUGAAAUUAAAAUUAAAAUUUUGGGUUUGGUUUGGUUUUGUUGUUGGGUUUGGGUUUUUUGUGCUAUCAUCGUUAGUGUAUUUAUAAUCCUCAUAGAUGGAACAAAACCCUAAGGUUCUUGCAAGAACCAAUCGCCGCCAGCUUCAAAUUCCUCUCUCCUCUUUUUCCCUUUAUUGCACCAUUCUUAACCUCAACUUUCAAUAAUGAUUAUGCAAACUAGCUUUGUUAAUUAUUGAUGGCUUUGCAUAGUUUUGUUUUAGCUUCUUGAAUUUGUAUGAAAGUUUGAAUUUUUAUGCUUUUAGUUGCUGAAAGUUGAAAUUUUUAUGGUUGUGACUGUUUAUGCUUUGUGAUUAAGAAAGUUUGAAUUUUUAGGUUGUUUAUGUGAUUAGGGUUUGAUAAUUUUUGGUGGGUUGUGAUUAGUUUUAUGUGUGUUAGUGUUUGGUGAUAUAAAGUUAAGAUUUUUAAGAAUGUUGUCUGAGUUGGGAAGAAGACCUGUUAUUGGCAAUAACGAGGGUUGUUUUGGUGAUGAAUUGGAGAAGGAAAUAGGGAUGUUGCUCCGAGAGCAACGGAGGCAAGAAGGCGAUGAUCGCGAAAGGGAGUUGAAUAUAUUUAGGAGUGGAUCAGCUCCUCCUACUGUGGAGGGUUCUUUGAAUGCUGUUGGAGGGUUGUUUGGUGCUGGUGGUGUUGCUGGUGGUUUUUCAGAUUUUCCGGGGAAUAAAGAUGUGAAUGGUGUUGUUUCUGAGGAAGAGCUUAGGUCUGAUCCAGCUUAUCUUCAAUACUAUUAUUCAAAUGUGAAUUUGAAUCCUAGGCUUCCACCUCCUUUGUUGUCAAAGGAAGAUUGGAGGUUUCAACAAAGGCUUAAAGGUGGGGCCUCAGCUGUAGGUGGAAUUGGAGAUAGGAGGAAAGGUAACAUGACUGAUGAUAGUGGUGGUAGGUCAAUGUUUUCGACGCCACCCGGUUUUAACUUUAGGAAGCAAGAAAGGAGUGAGGUGGAGAAUGAAAAGACUAGAGGUUCUGCUGAAUGGGGUGGUGAUGGUUUGAUUGGUUUGCCUAGCUUGGGACUUAGAAGCAAACAAAAGAGCCUUGCUGAAAUUUUUCAGGAUGAUAUGGAGCGUAACACCCCCGUCACAGGCCUUCCUUCUCGUCCAGCAAGUCGCAAUGCAUUCGAUGAAAAUGUUGAUAAAGUAAAUACUUCUGAAGCAGAGUUAGCUCAUGUUCAAGGAUCAUCUGCAACACAAAAUAUUGGUCUGCCAGCUUCGUAUUCUUAUGCUGCUGCACUAGGAGGAUCUUCAUUGUCAAGAAGCACUACUCCUGAUCCACAACAUAUUGCAAGGGCUCCUAGUCCAUGUCUCACACCUAUUGGCGGAGGGAGAAAUGUUGCUUCUGACAAGAGAGGCAUUGUCAGUCCAGAUUCAUUUAAUGGCGUUUCAUCUGGCAUGAACGAGUCAGCAGAUCUUGUGGCUGCUUUAUCUGGGAUGAACUUGUCUGCAGACGAUGAAGACCAUUUGCCAUCACAGGUUGAGUCAGAUGUCGAUAAUCAUCAGAGAUAUCUUUUUGGCAUGCAGGGCGGUCAAGAUCACGGCAAGCAACAUCCAUAUCUAAAAAAAUCUGAAUCAGGGCAUUUGCAAAGUUCAGGUAAGAGCAGGUCAGAACUUAAUAAUCUGUCCCUGCACAGGCAGGCUGAGCUACAAAACUCGACUGCUCCUUUGAAUAACUCAUAUUUCAAAGGAUCACCUACCUCCCAUUUUAGUGGAGGAGGUAAUAUGCAAGCUCAGUAUCAGUCUAUAGAUGGUAUGAAUUCAUCAUUCACUAAUUAUGGCUUAAGUGGUUAUGGUGGAAAUCCAGCAGCAUUGACAUCCUUGAUGACUAACCAAUAUGGCACCAGUAAUCUGCCACCGAUGUUUGAAAACGUUGCUGCUGCAUCCAUGAUGGCUUCCCCUGGAAUGGACUCGAGAAUUCUUGGAGGUGGUUUGGCUUCGGGAGCUGGUUCUCCUUCUGAUCUGCAUAAUCUUGGUCGGAUGGGAAAUCAAAUUGCUGGUGGUGCUCUUCAGGCUCCGUUUGUUGAUCCGAUGUAUCUUCAGUAUAUGAGGACGUCAGAGUAUGCUGCGGCACAACUCGCUGCUCUCAACGACCCCUCUGUGGACAGGAACUACUUGGGUAAUUCGUACAUGAAUUUACUUGAGCUGCAGAAAGCCUACCUCGGGUCUGUUCUCUCGCCUCAAAAGUCACAGUACAAUGCACAGCUUGGUGGUAAAUCAGGCAACUCCAAUCACCAUGGUUACUAUGGAAAUCCGGCAUAUGGUGUUGGGUUGUCUUAUCCAGGAAGUCCAAUGGCAAACUCUGGUUCUCCAGUUGGAUCCGGAAGUCCAAUUAGGCACAAUGAUCUGAACAACAUGCGUUUUGCUUCUGGAAUGAGGAACUUAGCCGGGGUCAUGGGACCUUGGCAUGUAGAUUCCGGGAAUAUGGAUGAAAGCUUUGCUUCUUCUCUGCUGGAAGAGUUUAAAAGCAAUAAAGCCAAGUGUUUUGAGCUCUCUGAAAUUGCCGGACAUGUUGUUGAAUUCAGUGCCGAUCAAUAUGGAAGCCGAUUUAUUCAACAAAAGCUUGAAACAGCAACUACAGAAGAAAAAAACAUGGUUUAUCAGGAAAUCAUGCCACAUGCUCUUGCUUUGAUGACCGAUGUCUUUGGUAAUUAUGUGGUUCAAAAGUUUUUUGAGCAUGGACUUGCACCCCAGAGAAGAGAAUUAGCAAACAAGCUUAUUGGCCACGUUCUUACACUUAGCCUUCAGAUGUAUGGUUGCCGGGUUAUUCAGAAGGCCAUUGAAGUUGUUGAUCUGGAUCAAAAAAUAGAGAUGGUUAAAGAGCUUGAUGGUAAUAUCAUGCGCUGUGUUCGUGAUCAGAAUGGUAAUCAUGUCAUUCAGAAAUGUAUUGAAUGUGUCCCUGAAGAGGCGAUCGACUUUAUUGUUUCAACAUUUUUCGAUCAAGUUGUGACACUCUCAACCCAUCCAUACGGUUGUCGUGUGAUACAGAGAGUACUGGAGCACUGCGAAAGCCCUGCAACACAGCAGAAAGUUAUGGAUGAGAUUUUAGGCGCUGUUAGCAUGCUAGCACAGGAUCAGUAUGGCAAUUACGUUGUUCAGCAUGUACUGGAACAUGGGAAGCCUCACGAGCGUUCUACCAUAAUAAAGGAGUUAGCAGGGAAGAUAGUUCAAAUGAGUCAACAAAAGUUUGCCUCCAAUGUUGUGGAGAAGUGUCUGACCUUUAGUGGUCCUGCAGAACGCCAAAUACUAGUCAGUGAGAUGCUUGGAACCACGGAUGAAAAUGAGCCUCUUCAGGCAAUGAUGAAAGAUCAAUUUGCAAAUUAUGUUGUCCAAAAGGUGCUGGAAACAUGUGACGACCAUCAACGUGAAUUGAUUCUUUCACGAAUCAAGGUUCAUUUGAAUGCUUUGAAAAAGUAUACCUAUGGAAAGCACAUCGUCGCACGUGUAGAGAAACUUGUUGCUGCUGGAGAGAGAAGAAUGGCUGCUCAGACUCCUCAACUUGCUUAGGCGUGACAUAGAGAAAAUAAUGUUUGUUUGUACAGCUAGCUAACUGAGCCUAGUGCAAGCUGCUUCUUCAAGAGCCUAUAUGUUUCUGCUGAUUGAAAUAAAGUUGUUAAUUGUACUGCAAAAAUGUGUACAUUUGUAGCCUUUUAAGUUUAUACAUAGAUUCCAAGCAAGAUGAGGUUCAGAUGUUUUCCCUGCAGAGAAAUGAAAAUAUUAUGAUGCUGAUGACUAUACAAGUCUUUUUUCACGGUGUAAAGAGUAUAAGAUGGUGAGGUAGUUUACAACUUUACGCACUGUACAAAAUAAUGCUAUGUGGAGAGCUGUUGACAGUUUUUUUUUAUCAACUUGUACGGUUAUAAAACCUUUUGUCCUUUAAUUAUGAGUAUAAAA